UGCUUGCUGUCAGUGCUGUCGCAUCAGCGCAAUCAGGAACGAAAGGCGUAGAAGAAAAGGAAGAGGAAGCCCUGAUCGGCCAUCAACCUUCUGCGCAUUGUUCGACGGCUACCUGCCCCAGCUCCGGGUGAUGGUAUCACAACACGUGGUCCUUGCGGACGCGCUGCUUGCGGCCUCGCUAAGCAAGCAGCACGUCCACGUCAGCGACCAGAAGGAAGACGGCGUCGACAAGGAACAGGCGAGCGCCGUCGAAGCCACAGCGAGCGACAAAGCCAAGCAUCGACGUGUCUCGCUGUCGGGUACAAACGUCCGCUACCGGCCCCGGAUCCGUUCUUCGUCGAGCCGCCCGGGAGGCAACGGCGGCCGUCGAUCCCCGAGCUCCUACGUGCCGCAGGCAUACCGAGGCGCCAUUGCUCGCAAGUCAGUGAACUUCACGCCAACGGUGGUUCGUGGCAUCGGCGGCGCUGAUAAGGCGAGCAUCGUUCUCAACCUCCUCAACGGCAGCUCGGUGCAGAAGUCGUUUCCGUCGUCCGCGUACCUGGACGAAGUGCGCUGGUACACCGAGGAGCUGCUGGCCAGUUCCCUUGCCUCCUGCUUCCCGUUCACCAUGGCACGCACCAAGCCGCUGCGACAGUUCUCGCGCGAGGAGUACCGCGAAACGCUCGAGCACCGGAACCUGGUGCCGUCGGCGACGCUCCUUGUGUUGCCCAGAUCCGCGGCGCAGGGUGAUAGCGGAUGCGCCUGCUCUGCUCCCUAGCGGCGUGGACGGAAAGCCAGUGUGGGUCGCCACGUUUCGGUUGGCCUUCGGCGUGGUCGCGGCCGCUGUCGCUCGUCUGGAACCUGCCGAACGGCCAGACCAAACCGACGACGGCGACAAACGCGCGAAGCUUUCCCGUCGGCCAGUCCGCGGGCCUGCUCGACCGUGGCGGCGCUGCCGCCGUCUGCCAUCGCGACCGUCGCGACACCUGUGCGCAGCGUCAGCAGCGGCAGACUUUGUCGUCGCGGGCCCUCCUCAAGCCACACCGAGAACGUUGACAUGUUCUGAACUCUUCUUCACGAAUCGUAACGCUGUCGUGAACGAAGUUAUUUUUUUUAGUGACGAUCGAUUCAAUAUAGUUCCUUGUCUGU